CAUUUUUUCACGGCAAGGGGUCAGCCUCUUCUCACUACUGGUCAGGAGGCACCUGGGCGAAGCUGCUCUGAACGUGAACACCAACUCCAACUCUAGAGCAGACUACCAGGCCUACGUGGAGCUGAACGUGCUGAUGAAGGACCAGAACCAGCAGGGCUACUGGCAGGAGGCUGGGCGAUGGGCGGGGUACGAGGAGAACUACGACCCAGAGGCAGGGGGCUGGGGCCCCUCGCAUAUCUCCUACCUGACCUUUAAGAGCCUGAUCCAGUUGCACAAGACCAUGAGCACAGGUGUGGUGAUGCUGGACCGGGAGGAGCGCACACUGAACAGUAUUGUUGAGAAGGUAGCGGACGAGCUGGUAAACAAGAAUGAGAUCCAGCCAGGUGACCGAGAGGGCCUGCUGAGGUCACUGCUGCAGAGCCGCAGCCAAUCAGACCCAAAAGAGACCCAGGCACUGAGCUCUGGGUUGGAGAUUGAGACCUUCUCUGUUACAGAGAGGAGAGAUGGAUCUGACGUUGUGGAAGCCUCUAUGGUUCUUGCAGGGGCUCUGGACUUCCUGCUGAAGCCCACUGUAGCUUUUGUGAGACUAAAAGAGGCAGUGGUGCUGGAUUCUGCCCUGGAGGUGCCGGCGCCGGUCCGGUUUGUCUUUGUGCUGGUGGGGCCCGGUCAGAGCGGCAUGGACUACCACGAGACAGGGCGUGCCAUGGCAACAUUAAUGGCCGAUAAGGUGUUCAACUCGGCAGCAGUCCACGCCCAGGGGGAGCGCGAGCUGACGGAUGCCAUCGCAGGCUUCAUGGACUGCAGCAUAGUGAUCCCGCCAACCGAGAUUCAGAACGAGUCUAUGCUGAAGCCUAUCAUAGGCUUCCAGAAGAAGCUGCUGCAGGACCGCCUCCACAACACAGAACCCCACCUGAGCCUCAACAUCAAGCCUCGCAGGAUUUCCAAAGCUGACGGGCCACCGCCAGAGGACCCUCUGGCACGCACAGGAAGGCCGUUCGGUGGAAUGUUCAGGGACAUGAAGAGAUACCGUUACUACCUCAGCGACAUCACUGACGCAAUGAACGCCCAGGUCCUGGCUGCUAUCAUCUUCAUCUACUUUGCCGCUCUGUCCCCCGCCAUCACCUUUGGAGGCCUGCUUGCUGACAAGACAGAAAACAUGAUGGGUGUGUCUGAGCUGAUGAUCUCCACUGCUAUCCAGGGCAUCAUCUUUUGCUUCAUUGCUGCCCAACCGGUCCUGGUCAUCGGCUUCUCAGGUCCCCUGCUGGUGUUUGAGGAGGCCUUCUUUGCAUUCUGUAAGUCACAGGGGAUCGAGUACAUCGUGGGCAGAGUGUGGGUGGGUAUCUGGCUGGUGGCCAUCGUAGUGGCUAUCGUUGCCGUCGAAGGAAGCUUCCUCGUCAGGUUCAUCUCACGCUUCACGCAAGAGAUCUUCUCCAUUCUCAUCUCUCUCAUCUUCAUCUACGAGACCUUUGCCAAGCUCAUAAAGAUUUUCAAAGCCCACCCUCUGAUUCUGAACUACGCGCAUCUGAAUGGCACCGUCGAGGAUCCUUUCCACGCUGUUUUUGAACACCAGCACAAUGCUACAGGAAACGUAACCACCCUUGUGCUCCCCGAGCACAGGGCUUACCCCAACACUGCUUUGCUCUCCAUGUGCCUCAUGUUCGGGUGCUUCUUCAUUGCAUUCUUCCUCAGGCAGUUCAAGAAUGGACAGUUUCUGCCUGGCAAAGUCCGUCGCUUGCUCGGAGAUUUUGGUGUACCGAUUGCCAUUUUCGUCAUGGUUGCUGUGGACAUUAACAUUGAUGAUACCUAUACUCAGAAAUUGGUGGUGCCAAAGGGUCUGCAGGUGUCCAACCCAGCUGAAAGGGGUUGGAUCAUCAACCCUCUGGGGAUACAUAAAUCCUUUCCCGUCUGGAUGAUGUUCGCCUGUGUAGUCCCAGCCUUGCUUGUCUUUAUCCUCAUUUUCCUGGAGUCCCAGAUCACCACGCUAAUUGUGAGCAAGCCAGAAAGAAAGAUGGCCAAAGGCUCUGGUUUCCAUUUGGACCUGCUGAUCCUGGUCAGUAUGGGGGGCCUGAGUGCCAUAUUUGGUAUGCCUUGGCUGAGUGCUGCCACAGUGCGUUCUGUCACCCACGCCAACGCCCUCACCGUCAUGAGCAAGGGACCAAAGCCUGAAAUUGAGAAAGUGUUGGAGCAGAGGAUCAGUGGAAUUCUGGUGGCCUUGCUAGUUGGCCUGUCCAUUCUAAUGGAGCCCAUCCUUAAGAUGAUCCCCAUGACUGCUCUGUUUGGGAUCUUCCUCUACAUGGGUAUCACCUCGCUCAAUGGGAUCCAGCUAUGGGACCGCAUUCGGCUGCUAUUCAUCCCCAAGAAAUAUCACCCACAGGAGCCCUAUGCUACCCGGGUGAAGACCAGCCGGAUGCACAUGUUCACUGUAAUCCAAAUAGCGUGCUUGGUGAUGCUGUGGGUGGUGAAAUCCAGCAAAGCCUCCCUCGCCCUGCCCUUUGUCCUCAUCCUCACCAUCCCCUUGCGAAUGUUCAUGACAAGCUACGUCUUCACUGACCUGGAGAUGAAAUGUUUGGAUGCUGAUGAUGCCAAAGUGACAUUUGAGGAGGAACCAGGCCAGGAUGUGUACAACGAGUCCCAGAUGCCAUUGUAGUCCCCUUCUACUCUUCAAAAACAUGAGAGCCCUAUCCCAAAC